CUAGAAAAAGUGUUUAGGCCCGAGGAAUUCUCGAUCUGGUUUGCCUCGCCGGGUCUCCCAUGCCGCCGGGGAGGAGCCCGGUCGCCGUCCUGCGGCGGCGCAGAGCUCUCUUACCUCUCGUGCUGCUCCUCCCCCUGGUUCUUCUGAUCCUAAUCCUGAUCUUCCCACCUCACUCCGUUCCCGCUCUCGUCAAUGUAGUCCCAGGCCUCCAGACCUGCGACUACUCCUCCGGCGAGUGGGUACCCGACGCCUCUGCCGAGUCCCACCUCCGGUACGACCACACGUGCAAGGAGAUUUUUAAGGGGUGGAACUGCGUCGGCAAUGGCAAGCGCAACGGUCGCGCCCUGCUCCGCUGGCGUUGGAAGCCCGCGGGGUGUGAGCUACUCCCCAGGCUCGACCCGCUCCUGUUCUUACAACGCCACAGGAACACCAACAUUGGAUUUGUGGGUGAUUCGUUGAAUCGAAACAUGUUUGUUUCAUUGGUCUGCAUGCUUAGGGGAGUGACUGGAGAGGUUCGCAAGUGGCGUCCAGCAGGGGCAGAUCGAGGUUUCACAUUUCUACGCUAUAACCUCACCCUCUCAUACCACAGGACUAAUCUUUUGGUACGCUAUGGUAGGUGGUCAGCCAGUUCAAAUGGAGGUCCCCUAGAAUCUCUUGGUUUCAAACAAGGCUACAGGGUUGAUGUGGAUAUUCCCGACCAAACAUGGGCGGAGGCACCAAGUUUCCAUGACGUUCUUAUUUUCAACACAGGACACUGGUGGUUGGCCCCUUCAAAGUUUGAUCCAAUACAGUCACCAAUGCUAUUCUUCGAGAAAGGGACGCCGAUUAUACCUCCUUUACUGCCACCUGCAGGACUGGAUUUGGCUCUUAAACACAUGAUAACAUUUGUGAACAAAGCAAUGAGACCCAAUGGAGUGAAAUUCUUCCGCACUCAGUCUCCUAGACAUUUUGAAGGUGGUGAUUGGGAUGAUGGUGGUUCUUGUCAACGUGACCAACCCAUGUCCUCAGAAGAGGUCGAAGAACUUUUCUCCCUGGAAAACAACGGCACAAACGCAGAAGUACGCUUGGUAAACCAGCACUUAUUGAAGGCUCUCGAGCAAUCUACUUUCAGAGUUUUGAACGUCACUCACAUGAGCGAAUUCAGAGCUGAUGCUCAUCCGUCGACAACUGGAGGGAAAAAGCACGAUGAUUGCAUGCAUUGGUGUUUGCCGGGACCAACCGAUACAUGGAAUGAUUUGCUAGCAACAAAUCUUGCGGCAAUUGAGAGCUAGCCUGAGAAAAGUGGAGUUCCUGUGAGAUUUCCCCCCCAAUUUUUUCCUGGGGUAUGAAUACGAUAGAGCAUUAAUUGGUAGCACUAGUUUUUCUGAUCUUUUGGGCUGGUUCGGUGGACUAUGGCCAAAUUAAACAAGAGAAUUACUGGUCCACUAUGAAGUAUGAACAGGCAUGACACGAUAAGUCUGUUGCACUCUGUUGUACAAAAUUACAGCUCCAAAAUCUGUAUUUUCUUGCCGACCAAGGUGCAAAUGCAGUGGAUGAUGAUUAUUCGGUUUU